AUGGAGCACCUCCAGCGCUAUGAAGAGGAGCAGAUAAGCCAGCUCCGCUAUUGGUCGCCUGCUCCUGCCAGAGCUGACCUGGCGCAUCCAGAUUCGCUCGCUGCUGACGUUGACGAUUUACUAGAAGUGGCAGCGGCAAUAAGACAAGUGGAUUCGGAUAAGAGCCUUACCAGCCAAGUCAGCGACACGGGGAGCCAACGGCUGACUCAGCAGCACCAGCCAAAGCAUGUCGGACACGUGGCAGUGGCAACAGCCUCGGAGGCGGCAAGGAGUGGGAUGGAUGAGGAGAGGAAUACAGGGAGCAGCGAGAGGGGAGGGGCCGUGGGGCAGGGCAACUGGGGCGAGGGGGUGGUGGUGCAUGCUGGGAAGAGCAUGGGAGGGGCGGUGGGAGCAGCAGCAGCAACAGCCGCCGCGACUGAGGCUGCAGCAGCACUCAUCCGACCCCGUGGGCUGUACGCUGCCGGCCAAUCAGGGCGCAGCUUGGGUGGGGGGAGGCGACAAGCCAGGCGUGGUGUCAAGGACAAGCUGGGAGAAGCGGCGACAACGGGAGCACACACUGCUGCCACGUCAGCAUGGGAAAGCUGCUCCGAUGGGUCAGUGGGGGCAUUAGAGAGUGCGCAUGAGGCUCUGGUGACGAGCAGGAGGGGCGAGCGGCAGUGGCGGGGGAACAGCAUGAGUAGUGUGAGAGAGGAGAUGGGAAUGGGCGUGUGGAGUGCGAGUGAGGGAGUGCGGGUGGAAACGGGGCGUGGAAGUGUGCUGGGGAGGGGGCAUGGAGUGGCAGCACAUGAGGUGGAGGGGCGGUGGGGGUCGGAGGGCGGGUAUGUGACGCGCAGGGAGAUGCAUGCGGUGCUGGCAGGCAUGGCUCAGCUGCAACACACCGUUGAUGGUGUGCUCCUUCACCUGCAGCAGCAGCAGCAGCAGCAGCAACAGCAAACGGGGCAGACACAGCAGCAGCAGUUUUCAGGGGCAGCAGCCGGCAGGAGCAGGGAUCCGAGCGACGAGCAGCAAAGUCCGCAAGGCCGUUCAUGGUCAGGAGAGCAGGGCAGGGAAGGCAAGGAAGCACCGCUGCUGCUGCCGCUGCCUGCAGUGCUGCUGCUGUCCGCCCUGGUGGCCCUUGUGCAUGCGCUCUGGUCCACCUGCAAGUGGGGCGUGGGGCUCGUGUGGCCGCUGUGCCUGCUGCUGCCCCUCAUGCACCGCAUGGAGCACCACUGCCGCCUGCACUGCCAGAUCUGGACUGGAGCUGGGGAUGGCAUGGACCGAGAAUGA